UUUUAUAUCAGACGCCUUCAUACCUGAAGCCCAACUCAAUUAACCCACAAAAAACAGUUUUCCUCUGCUUCUUCUCUCCUCCUUUCAGCGAUCAGCAAAUCUUGAAAAUUUGAAGACAUAAUGGCAGACGCGCUUACUGAAGAUCAGAUUGCAGAGUUCCGCGAGGCCUUUUGCUUGAUUGACAAGGACUCAGAUGGCUUCAUUACGAUGGAAGAACUUGCUACCAUUAUACAAUCGCUGGAUGGACAUCCUACCAAAGAAGAAGUUGGAGACAUGAUAAGUGAAGUCGAUAUUGAUGGAAAUGGAACAAUAGAUUUUCAGGAGUUCUUGAACAUUAUGGGACGGAAAAUGAAGGAAAAUGUUGCUGAGGAGCUAAAAGAAGCUUUCAAAGUAUUUGACAGAAACCAGGAUGGAUAUAUAUCAGCCAAUGAGCUAAGGCAAGUGAUGAUAAAUUUGGGAGAGAGAUUGACUGAGGAGGAGGCUGAACAGAUGAUUAGAGAGGCUGAUUUGGAUGGUGAUGGUUUAGUUAGUUAUGAGGAGUUUGCCAGGAUGAUGAUGGCCUUCUAAUCCGUAGUAAAAUUAUAUUUAAACAAGCAAAUUCAUGAUUCAUGUAUGUUCUGUUCAUUUAUUUUUGCAACUUGCUUGUCUUGUAGAAUUAGAAAGCAAUGCGCUUUCCUGUUAUAAUGGCAGUGAUGCACAGUAGAAUUCCUGGGAA